AUGAUGAUGGGAGGGGCAGGGGACAGAUCAGACACAGACACACUAGUCAGCAGAAGGGACAACAUCUCACUGCAAGGCACAGCAACUACCACCGCGGCUGCAAGAGAAGCAGGAGAAGAUGUGGCAAUGAAAGUAAUGCUCCCGCAGCUCAUUGAUACUGUCACCUUCAACCUGGCUUUCUUGACAGUCAUGAAGGCUGCAGCUGUAUCACAAAGAUGUUUAUUACUCACUAGAAAAUAUCAGAAUAAGCUUCUUAUUAUCUCUCAAGAAUGA